CCUUGCUAAGCUGUCAGGCUUGUCCUAGUUGAUCUCAGUUCUAAGAUAAGGUAGUGUUCUUACCCAGCAGCUUUAGGGGAGCUGGUAGGCCCUGUGAGUAUUGCUGCUAUGUCCUUAUUGCCUGGAUUACCUGCUCCAAGACUGUGCUCUGCAGGGAAUGAGCAAGCCCGGGAGCAGCCCUGUGCCCAGCUCCUGGUCUCUGUGGCCACCCCAGGCUGCGAUGGGUUUCCCAGUCUGGACUCCAAGGAGAGCUACAAGCUCUCCAUCUCCAAGGACUCCCUGCUGCUCUCGGCAGAUGCCGUCUGGGGAGCGCUYAGAGGCCUGGAAACAUUCAGCCAGCUCGUGGGGCGGGACGAGGCCGGCACGUACUACGUCAACGCCACGGAGAUCGUGGACUUCCCACGCUUCCCGCACCGGGGCCUCUUGCUGGACACCUCUCGUCACUACCUGCCCCUGAAAGCCAUCCUGCAGACGCUGGACGUCAUGGCUUACAACAAGUUCAACGUGUUUCACUGGCACAUUGUGGAUGACCCGUCUUUCCCAUACGAGAGCGYGGCGUUCCCGGAGCUCAGCAGGAAGGGAGCCUUCAGUGCCGUGACGCACGUGUACACAGCCGACGACGUGCGCACYGUGAUCGAGUACGCCCGGCUGCGGGGCAUCAGGGUCGUCGCCGAGUUUGACACCCCCGGGCACACCCUCUCGUGGGGGCCAGGUGCUCCGGGCCUCCUGACUCCCUGCUAUUCGGGCAAGAAUCUUUCUGGGACCUAUGGGCCCAUCAACCCCAUCCUGAACAGCACCUAUGAGUUUGUGAGCCGCUUGUUCCGGGAGGUCAGCGCCGUGUUCCCGGACUCCUUUCUUCACCUCGGCGGUGACGAGGUGGAUUUCACCUGCUGGAAGUCGAAUCCAAAAAUCCGUGCCUUCAUGCAGGAGAUGGGAUUUGGUGAGGACUUCACAAAACUGGAGUCGUUCUACAUCCAGCGGCUUUUGGACAUCGUCUCUUCCUAUGGCAAGGGCUACGUGGUGUGGCAGGAGGUGUUUGACAACGCGGCGAAGCUGAGACCCGACACGAUCGUCCACGUGUGGAAGGAGAAGUCCCCACCGUACGUGCAGGAGAUGGCACAAGUCACCAAGGCGGGAUACCGGGCGCUGCUCUCAGCCCCCUGGUACCUCAACCGCAUCUCCUACGGGCAGGACUGGAUCAACGCCUACCAGGUGGAGCCCCUGCAGUUUGAGGGCAGCCCUGAGCAGAAGGAGCGGGUGAUCGGCGGAGAGGCCUGCAUGUGGGGUGAAUACGUGGAUGUCACUAACCUGACCCCCAGGCUCUGGCCGAGAGCCGGGGCUGUUGCCGAGCGCCUUUGGAGCAACGUGACGGUGAGGAACCUGCAGGACGCCUACGUGCGGCUGGCCGCCUUCCGCUGCGAGCUGCUCAGGCGGGGUGUCCAGGCUGAGCCGCUCUUCGUGGGCUACUGUGAGCAUGAAUUCAACGGGGUUUGAGUGGAGGCGCCUGCUGCCCUCGCCCUCUGUCACGCAGGAGGAGCCACCUCUCUCUCCCCCUCCCUCAGAGCGACUGUCACUCUAAAGGCACUUCCACACAUUUGCUCUCGCCCCGUCUCAGUGAGCAAUUUUUUAUGUGAUCAAGCCUUCUUUGCCUCUCUUUGAUUAUUAUUUUUAAUCUAAAGA